AUAUUUCUUUUCCAACAUACAAUACAGUACAACAUAUGAUAACAUAACUCUGUGUGAUAAAAUCCCAUCCGGACAUCUCUAGGCGGAAUCAUCUAGUGAUCACAAGUCAAGACUUGGCGUUAUGGUCGGAUGUAGUUGCAUCUUCCUCCCCAGUUUCUCAACCGUAUAAGGAAGCUGGCAACUUAACUUCCGAGCCUAAGCCAAAGAUUGCACCACACAUAACUGUUGGACACUAGGGUUUAAUUUCGACUUGGUUGAAGCUAGGAAGAAGAAGUUAGAAUACGCAAAUUUACUAAUUAAAGUGAUGGUGAACGUUACAAAGCUUGUCACUUCACGUCCAGUUGCGGUCUGCUGCAUCCUGGGAUUUCUGGUGAUUGUUUUGGGGUGCAUAUCGGCCUCGAAUUGGCGUACUACAACGGAUAGCAUAACAAACGACGUCGCUUCAUUCACUCAAGUUCUCCGGUCAAGUCUAGCUUCCGAGAUUGAAAACGUCGGCAGUUUUUUGUAUCCCAAGGCAAACCUAUCUACAAUUCAUUUAUCGAGACUCAUAGAUUCUUAUCUCACCAACGACAACGAUACUGGUUUCACAGAAAUUCAAACACAGAUCGCACCAUUGUUGUUUGCAGCUUAUUCAACGAUCCCUCAAGUCUCACAUGUUUCGUACAUUAGUAGCGACGGUCUCUUGUUUUCUUACAAUAUUAAUGCAGAAUCAGACACAAGUGUCGCUGUUUUUGCCAAUUCUUCGUCCAACACUUGGUACACUCAAACGGUUGAUCAGAUAACCGGUCGUCUCAACGGGAACGCAACCAAAUCUCAGUCGUUAGAUUUAACCCGUACAGAUUGGUUCCAAGCUGCACAGAGGAAUAGUUACACUACCGCCUUUCUAGGAACGAGUUUGGGAGGACAAGAUAACGAGACUCUAAUCCAGAGCGUGGUUAGCCUGUACAGCAAGAAAGGUGUUGUUUUGCUAGGGUUUCCGGUAAAGACUUUAACCGAUGUUUUACACCGUUCGAAUCAUCUACACGGCCAAGAGCUUUACAUGUGGACAAAGGACGGGACUGUGCUUGUUCGUCAAGGUUCACUGAAUGCUUCUUUCUUCAUCUCCAAUGGCUCUUCCAUUUGCUUCGGUAGAGAACCCCUCAGGUCUCAAUGCAUACCCGAAAACUGCAGUUCUAGUGGCUACGAGGUGGAGAUCAAAAGAUCAAAGUUCCAAGCUUUUUGCUCUGUUCUUGAAGUUUCCGGCGUUCCUCUGAGAUACACACUCAUGUUUCCAGACGAUGAAGGAGCAGCAACACGCAUCAAUCACCAAGCAAAACAGGCCUUGUAUCAGCUUAUUGUGGUGACAAUUAUUGUUGCCUUUGGCUGGCCUGUAGGGUUUGUGUUGUUUAUGAUGCAAGCAACAAGACAAGAGAUGCAUAUGCGUGCAACGCUGAUAAACCAAAUGGAAGCAACACAACAGGCUGAGAGGAAGAGCAUGAACAAGAGUCAAGCUUUUGCAAGAGCUAGCCACGAUAUUAGAGGUUACCUUGCAGCGAUUAAUGGUCUGAUUGAUCUAUCUCGUGAUGAUGCUCAUCCUGGCUCCGACCAAGACACCAAUCUCAAGCAAGUGAAUGUAUGCGUCAAGGAUAUGCUUGCUCUGCUCAACUCUGUUUUGGACAUGAGCAAAAUCGAGAGCGGGAAGCUGCAUUUAGAGGAAGUAGAGUUCAACUUGGCCAGACUUCUUGAAGAAGUCACCGAUUUUUACCAUCCCGUGGCGAUGAAGAAAGGGGUUGAUGUGGUUCUGGACCCCCACGAUGGCUCGAUUUUCAAAUACUCGAAUGUGCGAGGGGAUUGUGGGAAACUGAAGCAGAUCCUCAACAAUCUUGUCAGCAAUGCUGUCAAGUUCACAGUCGACGGGCACAUUUCGAUCCGAGCUUGGGCUCAAAGGCCGGGUCCCAAAAGCUCUGUGGUCCUGGCAUCAGACCCUCAAGGAAGUGUGUCCAAGUUCUUAAAGAGUAGGUUCUGCAAGAGUAAAGACCAGUCAUCAACCUACGAAACAGAGAUAUCGAAUUCCAUAAGAAACAAUGCCAACACGAUGGAGUUUGUGUUUGAAGUGGAUGAUACAGGUAAAGGGAUACCUACGGAAAUGCGUAAAUCGGUAUUUGAAAACUAUGUUCAGGUCAGAGAAACAGCUCAAGGACAGCAAGGAACUGGCCUGGGGCUUGGGAUUGUGCAGUCUUUGGUACGUUUAAUGGGAGGGGAGAUAAGAAUCACUGACAAGGCAAUGGGAGAGAAAGGAACAUGUUUUCAAUUCAAUGUUUUAAUGACAACAUUAGAGCCUCCGGUAAGUGACAUGAAAGUAAGACAUGACACUGAAGCAGGAGGUGAUUACAUAUCCACGCCGAACCUCGGGCUGACUAUCAACACUUCACUGGGAGGUAGCAUGAAUAUACGCAACCUGAGUCCUAGAUUCAACAACUGUCUCAGCUCAAGUCCAAAGCAAGAAUCUUCUAGAGUGGUUCUCCUAUUGCAAAAUGAAGAACGCAAAAGAGUUACUGAGAAAUACAUAAAGAAUAUGGGGAUUAAAGUUACAGUAGUGGAGAAAUGGGAGCAUUUGAGUUAUGCCUUGGAGAGACUUUUUGGAUUUUCACCUCAGAGUUCCAUGGGAAGAGCAGAGUGUAGUUUGUCAUGUCCGAGCUCAAGGGAGUUACCUUUGAUUGGCAUGGAUGCUAUUGAUUCAAGAAGCCAGCUUCCUAAAAGGAGAAGCAACAGUUUCUCAGCAGUUGUCCUUUUGGUGAUUGAUGCAAAAAGUGGACCAGUUCAUGAGCUGAAAGAUAUCAUCGAGCAGUUUCGUAGGGGCGUGCACCGUGGAAUAUCCUGUAAAGUUGUUUGGCUUAACGAAUCGAGCACUCGUGUAAGUGAGAGAGGGGACAUUAGUUGUACGGGACCCUUGCACGGAUCGCGUCUUGUUGAAGUCUUGAAGAUAUUGCCUGAAUUUGGAGGAACUGGGCUAAAAGAAACACCCACUGAGCUGCAAAGGGAAUCACUGCUGAGACAUUCUUUUGUUCCAGAGUCAUCACCAAAACAUAAAUUCCAAGAAGAUGCACCAAGCUCAAGGUCUAACAAAAAAAUUGGCAAGACAAUAAUGGCACCAACAACUUCAGAGAGUGAGACUUGGGUCAAGUCAGUGCGUACCGGUCGAAAGCCUAUUGGGAACCCAGAGGACGAGCAAGGAACUUCCAUGCCAAGUAACAACGAAUUCUUAAGAGGAAAAAGAGUUAUGGUGGUUGAUGAUUGCAGUAUAACAAUUAAAGUUGCAACAGGAAGGCUGAAGAAGAUGGGAGUCUCUGAGGUCAAACCAUGCCACAGUGGAAAAGAAGCUGUGAGAUUAGUCACUGAAUGGCUUACACAAAGAGAAGAACAAGGUUCAGUAAACAAGCUUCCGUUUGACUACAUAUUCAUGGACUGUCAAAUGCCAGAAAUGGAUGGAUAUGAAGCAACGAGAGAGAUCAGGAAAGUGGAGAAAAGUUAUGGUGUGCAUAUACCAAUUAUAGCUGUAUCUGGUCAUGAUUCUGAUUCUAGGGAAGCAAGAGAAACCAUACAAGCUGGAAUGGACGGUUUUUUAGAGAAAGAAAUGAAACAGGACCAACUUGCAAACGUCAUCAGAGAUAUCGAAAGCAAAUUGACUCUACAUGCAACUCUAAAGUAAUACUAUACAAUUUCAUUAAUUAGUGUUGUUUUCUUUUCUCUUUCCCAUACAUAUAGAAAAGUUAGACAAGAUCUUUAGUAUGACAAUGUUAUACCAGUUUUCUUCUAGUUUAUUUUGAAAUUAGCUUCCGUUGCA